ACCCCCGGCCCCGCCCCCCGCGCCGCCGACCCCGUGCGGCCGCGCCACGGGCGCUCAGAGCGAGCGCAGCCAUGGCCCGCGCGCCCGCCCUGCUCCUGCUGCUUCUCGGGCAGCUCCUGGCGGCCGCCGCGGCGCAGAAAACCGGACCGCGAGGGCCCCCCGGCCCCCAAGGGCCACCUGGGAAGCCGGGAAAGGAUGGCGUCGACGGAGAAGCUGGUCCCCCCGGUCUGCCUGGGCCCUCGGGACCCAAAGGGCUGCCAGGGAAGCCGGGGACGCCGGGCGAGGCCGGACUGCCGGGGCUGCCUGGAGUGGAUGGUCUGACUGGGCAGGAUGGACCCCCUGGACCCAAGGGCGCUCCUGGAGAGCGGGGCAGUCUGGGACCCCCAGGGCCGCCCGGGCUGGGGGGCAAAGGCCUCCCCGGACCCCCGGGAGAGGCAGGAGCGAGCGGCCUGCCUGGAGGGAUCGGCCUCCGUGGCCCCCCGGGACCCUCUGGACUCCCAGGCCUCCCCGGCCCUCCUGGCCCUCCUGGCCCUCCCGGACAGCCAGGGGUCCUCCCCGAAGGCGCCACUGACCUUCAGUGCCCAGCCAUCUGCCCACCAGGCCCCCCUGGGCCACCGGGAAUGCCAGGGUUCAAGGGGCCGGCUGGCUACAAGGGGGAGCAGGGAGAGGCGGGCAAGGACGGCGAGAAGGGUAACCCUGGCUCUCCAGGGCCCGCUGGCCUCCCAGGCACUGUGGGGCUGCAGGGCCCCCGGGGAGCACAAGGACUUCCAGGGCCACUUGGACCCCCCGGGGACCGGGGUCCUAUCGGGUUCCGAGGUCCCCCUGGGAUCCCAGGAGCACCUGGAAAAGCGGGUGACAGAGGCGAGAGGGGCGCAGAGGGGUUCCGCGGCCCCAAGGGCGACCUCGGCAGACCUGGUCCCAAAGGACUCCCCGGAGUGGCCGGGCCUGGCGGAGAGCCGGGAAUGCCGGGCAAGGCUGGCCGGGACGGCGUGCCAGGCCUCGAUGGCGAGAAGGGAGAGGCAGGUCGCGGCGGUGCCCCGGGAGAGAAAGGCCCCGACGGGCUGCCGGGCCUCCCCGGAAGAGCGGGGUCCAAGGGCGAGAAGGGAGAACCGGGCCGAGCUGGGGAGCUGGGCGAAGCCGGCCCCUCGGGAGAGCCGGGCGUCCCUGGAGACGCUGGCGUGCCUGGGGAACGCGGCGAGGCUGGCCACAGGGGCUCUGCGGGGGCCCUUGGCCCGCAAGGCCCCCAAGGGGCCCCUGGCACCCGAGGCUUCCAGGGCCAGAAGGGCAGCGCAGGAGAGCCUGGCCUUCCAGGCCCCCAGGGCCUCCGAGGUGACGUGGGUGAUCGGGGCCCAGGAGGCGCCGCAGGCCUCAAGGGAGACCAGGGAGUUGCAGGUUCCGACGGUCUUCCUGGGGACAAAGGCGAGCCGGGUCCCAGUGGCCCAGUCGGACCGAAAGGAGAGUCCGGCAGCCGAGGGGAGCUGGGCCCCAAAGGUAUCCAGGGCCCCAACGGCACCAGCGGCGUCCAGGGCGUCCCGGGCCCCCCCGGCCCCCUGGGCCCCCAGGGCGAGCAGGGUGUCCCUGGCAUCACCGGGAAACCAGGAGUCCCGGGCAAAGCGGCCAGCGAGCAGCGCAUCCGAGAGCUGUGCGGGGGGAUGGUGAGCGAGCAAGUCGCACAGCUGGCUGCGCACCUAAGGAAGCCGUUAGCCCCGGGCUCCAUCGGCCGGCCUGGCCCAGCGGGUCCCCCCGGGCCACCGGGCCCCCCAGGCUCCAUCGGUCACCCAGGGGCCCGAGGGCCCCCCGGAUAUCGUGGGCCCCCCGGAGAGCUGGGAGACCCCGGACCCAGAGGGAGCCCAGGGGACCGUGGAGACAAAGGCGCGGCGGGCUCCGGGCUGGACGGGCCUGACGGAGACCAGGGACUGCAAGGACCCCAAGGCAUGCCUGGCGCAAGCAAAGACGGCCAAGACGGCGCUCACGGCGAGCCUGGCCUGCCCGGGGAUCCCGGCCUGCCCGGGGCCGUCGGUGCGCAGGGGACUCCAGGGAUCUGCGACACCUCGGCCUGCCAAGGAGCCGUGUUAGGAGGGGGCGGGGAAAAAUCAGGUCCCAGAAGCUCCUGAAGUAGAACUGAACCAAGUGAGGCGGCGGCGACCACAGCUUCAGCAGAGCGUGGAGAGGGCUCCCCGGGAGCAGCGCGCCGUCGCCGGGAGCGCUGGGGGCUGGCCUGGCCUCAGUGCUGGCCGAGUGGACGCCGGGCCCCCCCCGUUCACCCGUGACGUCUUACCUCAGACGCAGGCCUGGGUGGUGACUGCCACCCGACACUCGAGGGCUGGGAGGUGUCGGGCCGAGUUGUGCACACUCCCGUGCGAUGGGGUCACUCGGCAGUGUUUACACGACACGUGUGCAGGCUACGGUGCGACCCCAAUAAAACGGUACGAACGCUCAGGGCGCUGGCCGCAGUCUGACAGGAAAUCCGGACGGCGUCCCGGCCAGAGAACCGGACCCCACCCACAGCCGCGUGCAGACUGCACUAAAGGCUUGGUCUGUUGUAAUAAAGCCACUCAUUGGAAAA